AUGGGAUCUGAAGGGCCAAAAGCUAUUACAAUUCAUGUAACUGGGUUUAAGAAGUUUCAAGGAGUGCCGAUAAACCCUACUGAGAUUAUUGUUAAUAAUCUCAAGGGUUAUGUUGAAAAGAAAGGUCUUCCGGAUGGUGUUACUCUUGAAAGUUGCACUGUUCUUGAAGUGGCUGGUGAGGGUGCACUUCCUCAACUGUAUCAGACUUUGGAAUCUGGUGUGUCUAAAACAGAUACAAACAGCAAUGCUAAUGUUGUUUGGCUUCACUUGGGGGCGAAUAGUGGAGCGACAAGGUUUGCCAUUGAGCGCCUGGCAGCGAAUGAAGCCACUUUCCGCUGUCCAGAUGAAUUAGGAUGGCAACCACAGCAUGUCCCGAUAGUCCUUGAAGAUGGUGGGGUUUCUCAAAAAAGAGAGACUUCUCUACCCGUUGAUGCAAUCUAUAAAUUCUUGAAGGGAAAAAGUUAUGAUGUGAUGUUAUCAGAUGACGCCGGACGAUUUGUUUGCAAUUAUGUGUAUUAUCACUCUCUCCGGUUUGCUGAACAGAAGGGUAACAAGUCUCUAUUUGUCCAUGUUCCCUUAUUUUCAAGUAUCGAUGAAGAAACUCAGAUGAGAUUCACAGCCUCUCUUUUGGAGGCCAUUGCUUCUGCAUGUUAA